UCUGAGUCUGGAGCAAGCACCCAGGAAAUAUCCGAACAUCUAUAAGAGGAACCGUUUUCUGUUGUGCUGGCCAGUGUACCGUGAUUUCUGUUAUUGGUGUCACCGAGCAGUUUUUUGUUGUUACUUUGUGCCUUUCAAAUGGGGACACCCGAUUGGCGCUCCAACAUUUGGAAGCGGCUCGUGUAGUUCUGUCCACCCAGUCAUAAAGUACUCAGGGGUGCUGACCAUAAUACACUUUUCCAGUCAUUUUCCGUCCAAACGAAACCCUUGUUCGUUCUACAGUUACUAAAAUUCAGGGUUUCCUUGAAGAAGAUGAUGGACAAGGACGACGGUGACUUCCUUAACUCCCCUGUGCAUAAAACUGUGAGGUUUGGGGGAUCUGUAGCUAAAAUUCUAGCAAAAUACAAACGGGGUGACACCCAUGAUUUUGAACUGUUGAAGCAUCAGCUGUCUGAUCCAGAUAUUAAGGAUGCCCAGAUUAUGAAUUGGCUUCAAGAGCUGCGAAACUGUGUGACUGAGUUGACCAAGGAGUUUGAACAACUGGUGUUCAUUGUUCUGAAAAUCCCUUGGCUUGGCAGAAGCCCGGCUGUUAUAGAAGUAUACCUGGCCUUUUUGGCCAACCUGGUAUCGGCUCAGACAGUGUAUCUUCGGUCGUGUCUCAGUAUGGUGGUGUCCAACUUCACCCCAGGAAGAAUCAUCAUUCGGGAAGAUGACGUAGAUAUUUCUGAUUCAGAUGAUGAAAAUGAAAACUUGCCAAGGAGCUUUGAUUUAUGCCAUCGUGCUCUACAGAUAAUAGCUCGAUAUGUACCAUCAACUUCCAGAUUUUUGAUUCCUAUCCUGAGAGAGAAGUUUCCUUUCAUCAACAAGUCACCAAAAACACUGGAGUGCUAUGUCCACAAUCUUCUGAGAAUAACGGUGAGCUUCCCUGUUCUGCGUCGGGAGAUUCUGGAGCUGGUUAUUGAAAAGAUGCUCAAGCUAGAUGUUAGUGCUUCACGAAACAGCAUUGAGGAAGCAGAGGAGAAUGCAGCCCAGCAAGCAGAAGAGAUGGCGGUUGCAUCCCGAGAAGAAUGUCUCUUCAGUAUGGAUGAAGAUGAAGAUAACGAGCAUGUUAAUCCUCCCACAGAUGACAGAAGCAUGGCAAACCCUGUGGCAGAACGUCUGGACUACCUCAUGGUGAUUUUGCUAGCAUACGUUAAAGACAUCUGCUUUGUGAAUGAUGUGCUGGAGUUAACUCGCACUAAAGAGUUGUACAAGGACCUGAUUGCCAUCUUUGACAAACUCAUCUUACCCACUCAUGCCUCCAGUCAUGUACAGUUUGUUAUCUUCUACCUCUGCAGUUCCAAAUUGGGCCUCGCAGAAGCCUUCUUGGAACAUCUCUGGAAAAAAGUACAGAGCCCCAACAACCCACCUGUGAUCCGGCAAUCUGCGGCAGGCUAUAUUGGCAGCUUCCUUGCCAGAGCCAAGUUUAUUCCCAUUGUGACAGUGAAGGCCUGCCUCGAUCUCCUGGUCCUCUGGGUCCAUCAGUACAUUGAUAGCCAAGACACAGGCUCAAAGGCCUUCUGUGAUGUUAUGCUGCAUGGGCCUUUCUAUGCUGCUUGCCAGGCUAUCUUCUACACACUGGUAUUCAGACACAGACAGAUGGUGGAUGGAAACCUACGCUCUGGUCUGGCAUAUCUUCAGAAACUCAACCUGGAGCGUAUUGUCAUGUGUCGGCUUAAUCCAUUGAAGGUUUGCUUACCAGCUGUCACCAACAUGUUUGCUGCGAUUAUGAGGAAGUAUCAGCUGGUGUUUUGUUACACAAUCAUUGAACGUAACAACCGACAGCAGCUGUCAGUUGUGAGGAGCAAUGCAAUGGGCGAUUGUGUGAUUGUCCAGUCCAAUCCUCUAGACACCUUCUUCCCUUUUGACCCCUAUCUGCUGAAACGGUCUGGCACAGUUAUCCAUGGCAUUUACCAGGUCUGGGAGGAGACAGAUGUGAUUGAUACUCAUGGAGGCAAGCAGCAUAUUAAACAGGGUUGUAGAGGUGGAGAUGAAGAUGAUGAUUUCUUGCGAGGGGAGACCCCCAAGAAUGAUUCUAUGGAAGGGAUCACUCCAGGCUCCUAUGAUUCUCACUUGCGCAGUCCAAGCUCAGUGGGCUCACCCCCCAUUGCAUUUUUGCAGCGUCCAUUCUGAAAUUAUAUCUAGCCGACAGGUUUGUGAGAAUGGAUCUGAUACAUUUUAUGGACCUUUUUUUUUUGAAGUGCAAGUCUUGCACUUUGAGACAUUUGGAUACACAUUCAUGUGCUUACGAUUCUAGCAAAGGCUGGAUGAAAGAACAAAGAAAAGUCAAUUUUUGUAUUUUAGGGCUCUGCAUUGGCACAGAUAAGUAAGUUUAAAUGUUUAACAGUCAAGCAAGAGAGUAGUUCAACUCAGCCUGCCAUGCACCCUUUUUCUCUGGAGACCAUACUGUACACUGCCCUCUGUAAAAUAACAUCGAGUGUCACCUCUUCCAGAAACUGACUUGUUGAUGGCAUUUAAAGACAUCAAAUCUGUGAGUGCCCAGCAGGGUUGCGUAGCUGGCAAUUGCUGUCUGCAGUUCUCUUAAUACUUUUGUUGGUAGUCCGUUUUAUUCCUUAAGCUGAUAGGUCCACACCAUCCAGCACAGCAAGUUCAUUCUGGACGCCAGUAACCCUAAUGUUUUGGAGCUGCACUUUCUUAUGAGCGUUAUAUAUCCUACAUUGACUGUCUGUGCCCAACAUGCUGCCACUUUUAUGGUGCAUCAGAUUUUAUCGACCUAUUGAUAAAUAGGUGGAAGAUGUCUGCUGGAGUCGGAUCAAGAUUCUGCAACACCACAAGGUGAUCUAUGGAAACUGUGCUGAUUUUAUUUUGAACUUAACUAGUUGGUAGCCACAGUGCUUUUU